GCGUACAUGUCAACAUCACAGCUACAAAAAGCAUUUAGACACCCUCGAUUCUGCUCUGGCAAGAGGUGAUGCUCAUUGAUGCGCAGAGACAAAUCCGACCUGGUGAUCAGGCAGGCAGCUGCUUCCACGCCUUGGGGCCUAACUGGUGGGACCAGAUUUACCACCAACCGGCUGGCCAUGAUUUGCCAUUGCAUCAGCGGCCAAAGCGAAUUGCCGAGGCUGGCAAUGGGGAUGUUUUGCCACAGCUCAAAAAGCUCAGGCUAAGCGAGGGCGAGGAUGGAGACAUGCUAGCAACUGGCCUGCGAUAUGUUAGCCCCGGGAGCAGAGGGAGCAGAAUGUUAGACACGGUCGUCGCGCACUAUGUGCUUGUUGGCUAUGUUUCCGAAUGCGAGGUGGACACUGAAGAUUCAGUGGUCUUCGUAUCGGGCUUAUGGUCAAACGCGCCAAAACAAGAUUUGCCAUACAGGUUUUUGCAAGCCAAAUUCUGUGUUUUGGGGCGGGCUCUGUAUCAACAGUUUGGAAGAAACAGGCUAUUUUUAUUAUUCACACCGCUUCGCGUUCGAAGCCGCCCGCACAGAUCGCAACCUGUGCUCUCGGAGCCGGGAAAGUGUUGUCUGGGGUAGUGGGCGCGAGUGUGAGGAGGCCAGAGCCCGUUUUCACGGCCAUGUGGCUUUUUCACGGCUGCAACUCCUUGAGCUUACGUUGUUCAGGCCAUUGCGCGGCCAGGAGCCGUUUUUUCACGUCCAAAUGCACACUUGUUCACGGCCUUACCGGCUUUUUCACGGCCAAAGAAAUUUCCACUGCCAUACCG